AUAUAUACAUUCAUCUCUCAUGUUUUCAACUCACGCCCAAACACAACACACACACACACACACACACAAUCUCUCUUCCUUCCUCUUCCUUCUCAACAAACAAGUUUUCUAUUUAGCGUAGUUGUCUUGUUCUCUCUCUCUCUCUCUCUUUCUCAAAAAUACACACCAAAAGUCUUGUUCCAAAAAACACACAUUUUUCUCUCCUUCAUUUCACAACACACCAUGCCUGAGGCACCUAGAGAUUACAACCUUGUUGAACAGAACAAAAAAAUCCUUGACUUCAUUGAGGAUGUUACCUCAAACGCAGACCAAGUUCAACAAAAAGUCCUCUCUGAAAUCCUCUCUCGCAAUGCAAAUGUUGAGUAUCUUAAAAGAUAUGGUCUAAAUGGUCACACAGACCGUGAUACCUUCAAAAAACUUUUGCCUGUUAUUUCCUAUGAAGAUAUUCAACCUGAUAUUGACCGCAUCUCCAAUGGUGAUACCUCUCCAAUCCUAUGCUCCAAACCCAUUUCUGAGUUUCUCACUAGCUCAGGAACAUCUGGAGGUGAGAGAAAGUUGAUGCCAACAAUUGAAGAAGAGUUAGGGAGAAGAAGUUUGUUGUAUAGCUUAUUGAUGCCAGUGAUGAGUGAGUUUGUUCCUGGAUUAGAAAAAGGGAAAGGAAUGUACCUAAUGUUUAUAAAAUCUGAGGCUAAAACACCUGGUGGAAUUGUAGCUAGACCAGUUUUAACUAGCUAUUACAAAAGUUCUUAUUUUAGAGACAGACCUUAUGACCCUUACACAAAUUACACAAGCCCAAAUGAAACUGUACUCUGUCCUGAUUCAUACCAAAGUAUGUAUUCACAGUUACUCUGUGGUCUUUGUCAAAACAAAGAAGUUUUAAGGGUUGGUGCUGUUUUUGCCUCUGGUUUUAUAAGGGCUAUUAGGUUCCUUGAGAAACAUUGGACACUUCUUUGUAAUGAUAUUAGAACUGGAACUGUUAAUCCUUUAAUUACUGACAUAACAGUAAGAGAUUCUGUUAUGAAGAUCCUUAAACCUGAUCCUAAACUUGCUGAUUUUAUUGAAACUGAGUGUAGUAAAAGUUCUUGGCAAGGUAUAAUUACUAGGUUGUGGCCAAAUACUAAGUAUGUUGAUGUUAUUGUGACAGGAACAAUGUCACAGUAUAUUCCUAUUUUGGAUCAUUAUAGCAAUGGUUUACCACUUGUUUGCACUAUGUAUGCUUCAAGUGAGUGUUACUUUGGUGUUAAUUUGAACCCUCUUUGUCAACCUAGUGAAGUGUCUUAUACACUUAUUCCUACUAUGUGUUACUUUGAGUUUUUGCCUGUUAAUAGAAGUAAUGGUGUCACUGAUUCUCUUCACACACCUAGAUCUCUUAAUGAGAAAGAGCAGAAAGAGUUGGUUGAACUUGUUGAUGUCAAACUUGGUCAAGAAUAUGAACUUGUUGUCACUACUUAUGCUGGACUAUACCGUUAUCGAGUUGGUGAUGUGCUGAAAGUAGCUGGAUUCAAGAACAAAGCACCACAAUUCAACUUCAUAUGCAGGAAGAAUGUUGUAUUGAGCAUUGAUUCUGACAAAACUGAUGAAGUCGAGCUUCAAAAUGCAAUGUCGAAUGCUGUGACACAUUUAGUGCCAUUCGAUGCAACUGUGUCGGAAUACACUAGCUAUGCAGACACAACAUCAAUCCCUGGACACUAUGUCCUAUACUGGGAACUCACACUGAACAAAUCAACACAAAUUCCACCUUGUGUUUUUGAAGAUUGCUGCUUAACAAUCGAAGAAUCGCUCAACAGUGUUUAUCGACAGGGCCGUGUCUCAGACAAAUCAAUUGGUCCACUUGAGAUCAAGAUUGUUGAACAGGGUACUUUUGAUAAGCUAAUGGACUAUGCCAUUAGUUUAGGUGCUUCAAUCAAUCAGUAUAAGACACCAAGGUGUGUGAAGUUUGCACCUGUUGUUGAACUCUUGAACUCAAGGGUAAUGUCAAGCUACUUUAGUCCUAAAUGUCCAAAAUGGGUUCCUGGUCACAAACAAUGGAUCAAUCAGAAUUGAAAUUGAAUAAUUGUAAUAAUAAUCUAAAAGGGUCUUUAGCUACAUUAUUAUUUUGUGGUUGUUGGUACUUAGUAACUUUUCAUGGCAGUUCAUGUGAACUGUUUUUAUGGCCAUUAUGUUAGGGAGAAGAAGAAGAAGAAGAAAAAAUUUAAUCACUCUAUUUAGGUUAAUUCCAUGUUUAAAGACUUCUUUAGUUCAAUUCUUCUCUCAUUUUCCAUCUCACUUUUUUUCUUAGUUCUUGUUAUUAGUAACUUGUUGCAUAGUGAAGUGAAUCUAGCCACUGUAAAAAGCAAUUUCUCUUUGAAAGAAAGCUGUUUUGUCUUUUUUAUCAUCA